UACCGGGUGAGAGCUUUCAGCACUCCCCAUUUGUCCGGCCAAGUAGUUAAUGCCAUCUGCGGCAAAUCUACAAUAAGUCACGUCAAAACAAAAAAAGGUUGGUAUCUAAUCCACAUCUCGGUGUAAUGAGAAACUAUGCCGAAGAAGCCAUCGAGACAAACCUGUUUCAGGUUAAGCGAUGUUAGUAAACCAAUGCAAUUUCCUUCUCUAUGGUCUUGUAGCACAGACAUGGACUGCCGCGACCUGCACGAGGAGGUGCACAUCAGCACCAUAGCCUCCAUGGUGCCCGACGAGAUCAUCUACAAACACUCCGACUACUCCAUGCGGAGCUACGAAACAGCACUCAUGUUCAUCGAUGUUUCUGGUUUCACGGACCUAUGCGAGAUGUACACAAAGGCUGGCCGUGGCGGACCAUCGAAACUGACCCAAGUCCUGAACUCCUACAUUGGUGCCAUGGUUCAGGAAAUUCUGACGCACAACGGCGACGUCCUCAAGUUUGCCGGAGACGCUUUCCUCUCCAUGUGGAAGAAAACGUCAAGGUUGACCAUGCAAGAUGUGGUCCACACUGCAAUUGACUGCGGACUCAUCAUACAGAAGAAUUACGGCACGCAUGUGACUGAUCUUGGUGUCACUUUGAAGGUGAAAGUGGCGAUAUCGGCGGGGGUGUCUCAUUUCGCGAUCAUCGGCGACGAGAAUAUGGCGUCGUACGUCAUCAUCGGGCAGCCGGUGUGGGACGCGAAGGCUGCCGAGUACAUGAGCACUGCGGGCGACGUGCUGACCUCAGCCAGCGCUUGGAUGUUCGUCAACGAGGCCGAAUACUGCACGCAGCCCUGUGGCGAUGGCAGGCAUACCAAGGUGUUGGGAGUUGGCGUUACCUGGAAAAGAGUAGAGAAAAUUGACUUCGCACCUACACUUGAUGAACCUCGCGAGCCGAGACGAGCUGCGAGGGUGUCGCGGGUACUCAGUAUCGUAAACGAUGACAUUGAUGGCAAGGAACUGGUGGACAACAAUGAAAUGGGCUACAGGGAAUUCUCUCUGCGUCCAGCAGUGAUAUCCGCGUUGAAAAGCUCGUGGUGGCCUAGCCUCCGUCGGUUCAUGGUGACUCCGGUGCUUAGAGCGGUGGACAACGAUGAACCCAUGGAUUUCCUUACCGAGGUCCGGCAUGUCGUCGUGGUGUUCCUCAACAUCAUCACCAAGACUGUCACUGAGGACGUAUUGAUUGAUAUUGUGGAUUCUGCUUACAGAAAAGUAUGCAGCGUAGUAUCACAGUCAUCAGGACUUGUCAACAAGGUGUCAAUGUUCGACAAAGACAUGAUGUUUCUUGUUGUCUUUGGCCUGCGAGGGUUGAAGCAUGAAGACGAGGCACAGAAGGCUUUGCUCUGCGCUUUCCAACUGCAGGAGACUUUGCAGGACCCUAAUGUUACCACCGUCUCUAUUGGCGUCACAUCUGGUAGAACCUACUGUGGUGUGGUGGGUCAUGUACUGCGACGGGAAUACACGGUUAUCGGCUCGCCAGUUAAUAAAGCAGCACGUCUUAUGAUGAGUUACGUAAACAAAGUUACCUGUGACAAGGAGACGUUCGUGAGGAGUAAGCUGGACCUGGAUUUCUUCCGGCUGAUGGAGCCCAAGUUUCUGAAAGGCAUUGCUAAGCCUGGGCCUAUCUAUGAGUUCAAUAAAUCUGGGUGGCCAGAUCGCAUGACGAUGCUCCGCCACCCGAUCCUGGGGCGUAACGAGGAGAUGCGCAAGUACAAGGACGUUCUAAACAACGCGGUGGACCAUCAGAAGGAGUCCUUCACUAAGUACAGGGAUAUGAGAUAUGGAGUUAUCAUUCUUGGUCCACGCUUAGUAGGCAAGAAGCGGUUGAUGGACGAAUACCUUAACAUGACUCCAUCGUACAUGCGUCCGGAGAAAAUUACUCUUACAUCAGCUAAUUUGUAUCCAUACGCAUUCACUCGAUUACUGCUUCGUCAACUCUUCGUCGGAGAAGGAGAUGGCAAAGACAAGAGAAACGCUUUUGAAAAUAAAAUUCGAUAUAGCCUGGGUUUGAUAGAGUUGACCCCGGUACAAAUAUACGCCGUCAACACAAUCUUCAAUUUGCGCUUUCCUCUGCCGGAGACGUUUACCUACACUGGAGACUUGCUGGCUGAACCUUACGUCAAGGAUAUGCUUUAUCAGAUAUUUACCGAUCGGUUCGAUGAGCUGCGCGUUGUUGGUAUCAGGGACGGACAGUUCAUCGAUGACCAAUCUUGGAGAGUUCUCCUGAUCCUGAUGGAGACCAAGAGUCUAUUCGUCAUCAUGACUAUCAACGACUACGACAAAGUCUCAAAAGUAGCAAAGAACUGUAUAGCGAACAAUAUAUUCGUCAGGAUACCGCUAUCCGGGAUUGACCAAUGGUACCACGCCGCAUUAGCCUGUCAGCUGCUUGAUGUUCAGGCUAUACCUGCUGACUUGGAGAAAGUAAUGGAAAGCGCGAGCGGCGGUCUACCAGGCUGGAUCCAGAACUUCGUCAUCUCCCUGAUCCAGCGCGGCGAACUGUCAGUAAUGACAGUGCCGCGGAGUGAGGCGGUGGAGGCCGGUGCUGUGAUGCCAUCCGCAGCGCUGCUGCUGCGCCCCGGAGAUAAGGGCGGCAGAGAUGUCGACGUCGUCUCCACUAUCACCGACAGCAGCUUUCAGCAGAUUUAUGUUAUUUUAUUAUAGAGCUUAUACCCGGGCAAGCAUGAAGGUUUGCUCGUGGACAGUGAGAACAUACAGAUGGCUGUACUCGCUGAGAACUACAACUUCGACGACAUGAAAGUUGACAUGACAAUGGAUGUAAUAAUUUUAAAAACUUACGACUCGCUAACUCCGUUCGAGAAGAUGAUGUUAAAGUGCGGGUCUGUUCUCGGCGACGUGUUUUCAAGACGAAUGCUGCUGCAUCUGCUGCAAAGCGACUCGCCCAGGAAAGUUGCUCAGGCCGUAGCGAAGUUAUUCGAGAUCCGAGUCCUGGAGUGCGAGGGUGGAGACUUCACGCGCGACACGUCGAUGGUGCUCAUCCACCCUGCGCCCACAACGAUGCCGGUCGUCAAGCCGCCGUAUUGCUGCUGCUUGGGCACCAGGGCGCCGCCCCAUUGCAGAGAUCUCCCGAUGUAUUCCUUCUGUGGGUACAUGAAGUUUAGACAUUCACUGUUCAGAACAACCACUUACGAGUUAUUGACGGAGAACCAAAAGCGCGAGAUGCAUGCGCGCGCGUUGCUGUACCUGGAGCGAUACACGCGUCGUUGUACCUCGUGUGGCGCCGGCUGCUUCACCAAGCUGUUUGGAGUGCGCUGUGAUGAUGGCCUAGUUCGUGAGAGCAAACAGUUGAAGCGCGUGCGUCAACAAAUCUCCGCGCUUAGUGCCGAAACCAGGAUGACCAGUGAGAAUCUGUAUGCUGGGAUUACAUCGAUUCCUAACAGCGAUGACUUGGCCAAUUGUGACGAUUAUGAAGCUGAAGCUGAAAAACGUCGCCUGAGUCGUUCAGCGAAAAUGUACCGUAAAACUAAACGCGUAAGGUCGUAUUCUUCUUUGGAGCUGGAGAACUGUGAAUGUCUGCCUAUCCUGCUUACAGUUUAUAACCAAGUUAUUGACCAUUGCCGAGCUGUUGGUGAAUGUGAAAAGCUUUUCGAGACUUACUUGGAGUAUGUGGACCUCAGUUUGCUAAACGUUAACAUACCGCAGGCCAUCCGGCUCUUGUUUGAAGUCGAAGAAAUCGUCAAUGCGUCGAGUCACUGCGGGAAGGAGCUGUGCAAACUGGCCUGGAUAAAGGAAUACCGUCUUGCACGUAUCCUGACUUCACGAGGCGCCUGUAUGUUGGAGUCCGGGGACUACGGCGAAGCCAGGAGGCAUCUCAUGCAAGCUAUGAAGCUGUAUCGUUUCCCCUUUCCUACUACCACGUACAAGAGAACCAUAUGCAACGCGAAGGCGUCUUUUCAUCAGCUCAUGGCAAUGUACGUGUGUCCCAGGCUAUACAUUGAGAGGGAGACAGGCUGGAGUGGUCAGUUCUACGAUCAUAUCUGCUGGACGUUGAUCAAACUUCAUAAACUGUUUAUAGAAGAAAAGGAGUUCUCUAACGCGGGUCUAGCAGCGAAGUGGUCCCUGGAGUUCUCCACCAAGUGCAACUCCACGUUUCGACUGCUCUGCGUGUCUUAUGCCAAUAUGAUCUCCAUUUAUCGUCAGGAACAGAAGUUUUCGCGGUGCGUAGUUCUAGAGAAAAGAGUGAUGGACAUCUGCCACCGAAAACGUGGACAACUGGACAUCACGGAAGUUCAUGCUGUCUGCACUUUGUACACAAGCAUCUUUUUGUUCUACGUGGAAUUCGGAAAGAAGGUGGAGAGCCUAGAGUUUGGUCUAUCGGUGAUCCCGAUGUUGUCGUGUCUACCAGACAUCACCUCCGGACAGCUGCUCGUCCUGUGGAUGCUCAAGCUGCUGCUGUCAGACCUGCGCAUCCACGAGAUGGUCAUGAUUAUGCGGGAGUUCUUCUACAUGACUGAUCAUUAUGACUUGAGUUCGGAGACAUGGUACUACUACUACUCAAUAGUGAUCCUGCUCGACACGGGAUACUGUGUGGAACAGUUCGGCUCUUGCGAGAAGUUUUACAUCAAGAAGGGAGACGCCAUCCUGAGGUCCAAGACUCCGGAGGCCGCUUGGAACUUCUUCGCUUGCAUGUGGCUCGUGACGAUACGAAUCGGUGCGUGGGAGCGUUCGUUGCUCUGGGAAGAGAAGAUAAAACAGGUUCUAAUGUUGAAGUUCCAGAAACACGAGUUCAACAUCAUGAUACUUGUCAGGGUGGUGGAAGGGUUUCUGAUUGCGCUUGUGAAUGAGGUAGACAAUAGAAACAUAAAGAAGAUACUCAUGUUGGAAAAGAACAUUAAAAGCAUGUUUCAUCAUAUCAACGACGCAUGUCGACACGUACCUAUGUUCCGGCCAAGAUAUUUCUUGAUGUUCGCCUACUAUAAUUUUCUGCGCGGGAAGCGGACUCGCGCCCACAAGUUUCUGAACAGAGCGGCCGAAUUGUGCCGACAAUACGACCACGCCACGCUACAAGUUUGGAUAGAACACACGCGGAACCACUGGAGAGGCACUUUGAAUCCAAAGUUCGUGGACUACUGGUCAGAGCAUAUAGAAGCAGACAACUUGCUGGACUAUAAGGACUUCGAUGCGGAUAAAGGAAUUAUAAUACCCUAUACUUUGCCCCUUCCGCGAGACUUCGAGAAGUAAUAAUUUUCAUGUUCUUUGAACAUAUAGAAGAUGUUUAAGUUUUUUUUAUUUUGUUUAAGUUGAUACUGUGAACUGUGUAGCGAGUAAACUUAAGGUUUUUCUUCCCGAAUAAAAUACUGGAACUAAUAGGCAAAAUAUUUUUAUUCAAUA